UUAACAACCACUAUGGUUUCGCGUAACAUAUGCACUAGGCCAAAGUAUUACAAUCUUUUUUUAUAAUUUAUUCCCUGUGCAGAUUGAAGACUAUUAUUAUUAUGAUGUACGUUAUUAUUACUUUAGGCUAACACUUAUGGGAUAAUAAAAUAGUUAAAAAUUUGUAAAAUAUCUUUGUCCUUUUAUUUAUAAUUUAUUCAGUUUUCUACAAUAAAACGAAAAUACCAACGCAUGUUUCAAUCGGAAGUCCCAGGUGAUUAGACGACCGCAGACCGAACGGAAAAACCCGCCACCUAGCAACAAAGUUUCACGAAUUCAGUUUCCAUGGAUACCACGCGACGUGCGGUUGUUUUUGACGUGGGGUCCUCCUCGACGAGGGUGGGUCUCUCGUCCGACCAAACCCCCACAAUCUUCCCGACUCUUGUCACCAAGUCAGACGGCCAAGUCCGCGUAGGAGGUCCAGGUGAAACAAUCCGGGUCCAAGACAUGAUGAUUGCGAACUUCGACCACGUGACAAAAAUUUGGGAACAUGGGUUCGAGCUACUAAAAGUGGACCCGAAAGAGCACCCCGUGUUCCUAAACAAACCCAGCUAUCCUUCCCCCACCGCCCAAACCGAGAAAAUGGCGCAGAUCAUGUUUGAGGAGUUUGGUGUCCCAGCCUUGCAUCUGAAUUACCCGGCGGUGAUGGCCCUGCAUGGGCAUGGGUCCGAUUGUGGCUUGGUGGUGGAUUCUGGGUUCAGCGAAACCCAGUUCUAUCCCGUGUACCAAGGACACAUUCUAAAGUGGCCCGUUACAAGAGGACUACAAGUAGCCGGGGAUUACCUAACCUCUUUAUUGUUGGACGUUUUACAAAAAAAGGGGGCCUGCACGUACACGACCGCGGAACAAAUUAAAGAAAAGUCCUUCUACGUGUCUGGUGAUCCAGAAAAUGAAAAACCGACUCCCGAAACUUGUGUUCUGGAAGAUGCCAACGUUACUCUACUGGAAGAAAAAUUUAAAAUACCGGAGGAACUGUACACGUCUAGACUUGAGUACUGCGGUAUUCACGAGUAUGUUUUGAAGACUUUGUAUAAGUGUGACCCCGAAUUGAGGCCAACCCUAUUCAAAAAUAUCGUUCUUACUGGGGGUAACUCGCAAAUGCCGGGUUUCGCCCCACGUUUGGAAAAGGAACUCAUUAAAUCCCUCCCUUAUUACAAAACUUUGCACAACGAACGCCCUAGAAUCACAGUAUCAGCACCUAAUGUAGCCUGGAUUGGUGGAACCAAGCUGGCCUCCCUUCCCACUUUUCUGGACACGUGUAUGACCAUGGCGGACUACGACGAGUACGGACCGACGCUAGUCAAUACCAAAUUUUUCUAAUAAAAUAUACAAAGUUUUAAUCCA